GGAUAGUAGGGGUCGGAGUUACGGGACUGGUCAAUGACAACACAGCCCUCUAUUUUUUAUUCCUUCUUCGCGCUCUCUCUCCUCCCCUUCUCUCUCCUUCGCCUGUGACAUUGUUACUUUUUGGCCCCAAAUAUCUUUAUGAUUGAUUUUGGCUGAGUUUCCGUUUUCCUUCUCUUCUUUUGUUACCUUCUUGCAGCGCACGCCUCCUCCCCGGUCUUCAAAACUCUUAUUUUUAGUAAUUUUCCUUUUCUUUCCUCUACUCUUUGAAGUUUGAACCCAAUUUAUUUUGUAGAACUGUACUCGAAACUUCAUUCAAAUUCCAGUUUUGUGCUGGUAACGUCUUCAUGAUUCUUUAGCAUGGACUUUCCUGGCCAUUUGAAUGGUUGGAUGAAGGUUGCCUACGUGGUGUUAGCGUUCUGCUCUGCUUUUGUUUGCGGCGCUAUAAAAGGCUUGCUUGUGGGUCCUAUCGCUGCUCUGUUCCUGAUUAUAGGGAAUGUAAGCGUAAUUUUGGGGCUGUUCCCUGCACAUGUGGCCUGGACGGUUUAUACCCUUCUGAAGAUCAAUAUUUUUGAUGCCGCUAUGAAAGUUGCUAUUUUGUUUGCUUUGCCUGCGUUAUUUGGUUUAUGGUUGGGUCUAGGCAUAGCGGGAAGCGUUCUUGUCGGGGUAGGAUAUGGCUUCUUCACCCCAUGGGUUUCCACUUUCGAGGCCUUUCGACAUGAUCGCGAGUCCAAGAAGUUUUUGCACUCUUUUGUGGACGGUACCUGGGGAACUAUCAAAGGGAGUUGCACUGUAGUUAGAGAUUUUGCAGAUAUGUGUUACCAUUCGUACUCAAGUUACUUGAAGGAAUUACGUGAGUCACCUGCUUCUGACGAGCUUCAAAGGCUAAGGCUAAUUCAUGUUCCUGCCUGUAUCAUCGUGGGAAUAAUGGGGCUAAUUGUUGAGAUUCCUCUUUUUACUGCAAUUGCCCUUGUAAAGAGUCCAUACAUGUUGUUCAAAGGCUGGUUCCGACUGAUUCAGGAUUUAAUUAGUAGAGAAGGCCCAUUUCUUGAAACUGCUUGUAUCCCAAUUGCUGGACUGACCAUACUGAUGUGGCCACUCGCUGUCGUUGCGAGCGUUUUGAUGGCUAUUUUCUCCAGCUUUUUUAUUGGACUUUAUGCAUCUGUUAUUGUAUUUCAGGAGAGAUCCUUUCGUAGAGGUGUAGCCUAUGUGAUUGCAAUGGUUGCUGAGUUCGAUGAAUACACAAACGACUGGCUCUAUCUUCGUGAGGGAACUUUCUUUCCAAAGCCCCGGUACCGAAAGAAAUGGGUUGCGCAUUCAUCAGAGUUUUCUGUAAAAGGUAAUAGUGUAGCUAGUGGCAUGUCAGUUCCCACUACGGAUUCACCUGCAAUGUUUAUGCCAAACUUAACUCCUUCAAGAUCAGUUAGAGAGGCUAUUCAUGAAGUGAAAAUGGUGCAGAUAUGGGACCAUAUGAUGAGGAGUUGUGAGAUGAGAGGCAAGGAAUUGCUGGAUGCAAAUGUACUGACAGAUGUUGACCUUUAUGAGUGGUUGAAGGGCAGGAACAGCAAUGAAGCUGCCAUCGUUGGAGUUGGCUUGCCAUGUUAUUCAUUUCUGCAAACCAUUCUGUCCUCCAUCAAAUCCAACUCAAAUGGCCUAUUGCUAAUAGAUGGUCUAGAGAUAACUCAUUUGAACAGACCCAAGGACAAACUAUUGGAUUGGUUCUUCAAUCCAAUAAUGGUUCUGAAGGAACAGAUUAGCGUCAUAAAAUUGGAGGAGGGUGAAGUUAGAUACUUGGAGAAAGUAGUUCUGUUUGGAAGCAACGCACGACGCAUGGAGGCUUGGGAUAACGGUGGUUUAGUGCUUCAGGAUCCUCUCAGAGCUGCCCAGAUCCAGGGAAUUAGCAGAAGGAUGAUUGGAAUGAUAAAGAGUGUGUCGAGGUUUCCAACUUACAGGAGGAGAUUUCACCAAAUCGUGAAGGCUUUGCUUGUUCAUUAUGUGGAUCGGGACAUAUCUUUACGAUCCGGCAGUUUUAUAGUAUCGAACACCUCAGAUGAAAAUGUUUAGGAUAGCCAAGUAUUGGUUUUUUUUUUUUUUUUUCCUUCCCUCCAUUAAUGGAUUGCUGUAUAUAUGCCUUUAGGUCCUCAAGUGCUGUAGAGCCAAUUCCUUUUUCGUA